CUGCUUCGGCAGCAGGCGAUGGGAACCUGAUUACCACGACACACUCAACCCUCAGACCUUCGACCCUGUGACUACCCCAGCCUUGAUCCUCGUUCGAGAGGAUACGGAAGGCACAUCGCGCCGUAGGACUGCAUUUCAGUGACAUAUUUUAUUAUCGUAGAUCAAAAUCAUACUUUCUCCACGGCUAGGCUGUUACGCAGAGCAUAAAGACUCGUUUGAUCUUCUACGACGUGCUCCUGAUUUGUAUCGCCAUCAUGCCGUCCUCGUCACAGCAUGGUGCUUCUCAGAAGCACGAAGCAGUUCUUUUCAAUGCCACCAGCACCAUUGAAUUCAUGCACGAUUAUGAAAGACUUGUGACGGAGACGGACAUUUCCAUCUCCAAUUCCAGGGACAUCCUCAACGACAUUGGGAUGGACGCUUUUGGCCGCCUUUUCAUUGAGAGGCGGAAACAAUCGGACCGCACCUACCACCAGGAGUUCCGCUUCAUUGCUUCUUUCAUCGGCACUAGACGGACUAUAUUGGAAGCCAUCAAGGAGCUUCUUGAUCAAGUUCACCCAUUGCCUGGGAUUAGUCCAUGCAUCAGCAUUGUAUGGGACUUGGCGUCAUUUGCACACACAGCCGCCGAAAAGGAAAUGGAGAAUGUGGAUCUCCUGGAGUUUGAUGACCUUCGUGGUGAAGCCCAGGAAAAGCUCGGGCAGAAAAUCUCGGACGUUGAGCGCAUGAUUCAGUUCUACUCGGAGCUAGAUAUCAGGGAUGCAUGGACGGUAAACUUACUGAAGAGCACCUCAGUCUUCGAGCUACUUCAGUUAAGGCCCGAUGAUGUGAAGGCACUGAACGACCUCCCCAAUGUUCAAGAUAUCUCUGAUUUUCUUAACAAGAAGCUAGAGCCUUUCAAGAAGCUUCGUGGGCUGGUUGAAGCUCUUGGGAUGGCGUUCUGAGUGUUGACCAUACUUGACGGCAAAACAACCAGGAAGUUUACCUGCCACUAAUAUUACAAAAAGCGAUAUUGUUCAACUUCCAGAUAUAAUCAUCGAUAGCCAUAUCGGUUUACCA